CUGUCCAUCAAAUUAAAAUUAAGUACUGUCGAUAUAAAACUUUCAUAUGUUGUCUAACCCGAUACGUUGUGAACAACAAUCUUUGGCGGUCAAAGAGGUUCGAGGUUUCUUUCUUCCGGUCGGGGUGGCAGAAGCGUGAUUAGAGAGGAUGAAGACAAUAGUAACGAAUCAAACUGUUAAAAUCCCCGACGGGUGCAGCGUGAAGGUUAAGUCACGCCUGGUCACCGUCAAGGGACCCCGCGGCGUGCUGAAGAGGUCGUUCAAGCAUUUAGCAUUGGAUAUUCGUAUGGUGAACCCAAAACUUCUCAAAGUAGAAAAAUGGUUUGGCACCAAGAAAGAGCUUGCUGCUGUGCGUACUGUGUGCUCGCACAUUGAAAACAUGUUAAAAGGUGUAACAAAGGGUUUCCUCUACAAAAUGAGGGCAGUAUAUGCUCACUUCCCUAUUAACUGUGUAACAACUGAGAACAACACAGUUAUUGAAGUUCGUAACUUUUUGGGAGAGAAAUACAUUCGUAGGGUGAAAAUGGCCCCAGGUGUUACUGUGACAAACUCGGCAAAGCAAAAAGAUGAGUUGAUAGUUGAAGGAAACAGCAUUGAAGAUGUUUCCCGAUCAGCUGCCCUUAUCCAGCAGUCGACGACAGUGAAGAAUAAGGACAUCCGAAAAUUUUUGGAUGGUCUUUAUGUUUCAGAAAAAACAACAGUUGUGCAAGAAGAUUAAAAUAAUUUGUAUAAAAGACUAUUAUUAAAAUACAAUUUAAACUGA